UCUCCUCCUUCCUCGAUACAAAAUUUAAAGAAGCAGCGAUCAAGCGAGCGAGCAUUUGAAGAACCAACAUAAAUCAAGAAGAAGGAAAAAAAAAGGAAGUCAGAGAGAAAUCGAAAAUGUCGUGGCAGAAUUACAUCGAUGAUCACCUGAUGUGCGACAUCGACGGCCAGCGCCUCACCUCGUCGGCGAUCCUCGGCCACGACGGAAGCGUCUGGGCUCAGAGCGAGAACUUCCCUCAGUUCAAACCUGAGGAGAUCACUGGUAUUAUGAAUGAUUUCGCUGAACCCGGGUCCCUUGCUCCCGGUGGUUUAUUUCUUGGGGGUGUAAAAUACAUGGUAAUCCAAGGAGAACCUGGGGCCGUUAUCCGUGGAAAGAAGGGAUCAGGCGGCAUCACAAUAAAGAAAACCGGCCAGGCCCUGAUCUUUGGCGUAUACGACGAGCCCAUGACUCCAGGCCAGUGCAACAUGGUUGUAGAGAGGAUGGGCGAUUUUCUCAUCGACCAGGGCAUGUAGUGCCGCCAGCACCACCAAAUAUCCAUUUUUUUUUUUUACCCUCGUUGGGAUAUAGCGAUAUCGCCUCCUUUCCAGUUUUGAGCAUAUGACCAUGGGCUAGUACUUUCCUGCAUUUUGUUUUGGGUAAUAAUCUUGUGGAGAAAUAGAUAGGAUGUUGGAGUCUUUGGGUUUGGUUCGGAUAAUGCGUUUUGUGUUUUUUUUUUUUUUUGGGAGGAAUUAUGCUGUGUUGCUUCCCCGUCUUUGUUACCGACAGAGCUGCAUGUGCUCGAGUUUCUUAAAGAAAUUUCGUGGUUUAGGGUGCUUGUAUUUCUUACUUGAAGGUUUGUAUCGUGCGGGUGAAUGAAAUUUGUAGCAAAUGUUGAGUUAAUGUGGCA